AUGGCGUCAACGAUGAAAGACUGCCAAAUGCUCAUUGAUGUCUACAGAGGGAUUAUUAAUUAUCUGCUCAGUUUUUGCAUUGACGAAACAACUUACGCAAUAUCGGGUUUUGAAAGUGUCAGAAUCGCAAGAAAUGUGGAUGACGCCCGUAAAUGCUUGAUGCUUACGGAUGACCAGCUCAGAGGUGUAAUGUUGGCGCUACAUGAUGGCAUGGAGAAAGGUCUCAGAAAAGGAACUCCUCCUGGUAUUGGCCUUAAAAUGCUUCCAUCGUACGUACGUGCUAUCCCGAAUGGCACAGAAUACGGAGAUUUCUUAGUGUUAGAUCUUGGAGGAACAAAUUUCCGUGUGCUUCUUAUCCGGCUCAGAGGAACUGAGGCCGAAUUGUGUGGUAAAAUCUGCAACAUUCCAAGUGCUAUCCAAAGAGGAACAGGUGAAGCGCUCUUCGAUCACAUAGCUCAUUGUAUUCUUUUGUUCACCGAGGAACAGUUUGGCGACAAAAAGAAGAAGCUUCCAUUGGGAUUCACUUUUUCAUUUUCAACUCAAAUUAAAGGUCUUACAAAAGGAAAAUUAAUACAUCUAUACCUCCGCCCUCAAUCUUUUGGCAUUUGA